AUGUCUAUAUCACCUCCCAUCUCUAUGCGGCGAUUAUCUUCAGCAAUUUCUGCGAGCAAAGAACAAGAAGAAUUAAUCAACGCGUAUGAAGCCGAGGAAGAAAGGAUCACAAACGUCUUGUCAAGAAAGUUGGAACAGCUCCGAGUCGAAAAAAUACAACUGGAAAACGUACUAGAGGCCGAAUCGGAAAAUCACGUCAAUCGACUAAGCCGAGAACUUGCUACACUUCGAGCUGCUCAACAACAGCAAGCAAAUGGAGACAGCGUCGGGAGCGUCAAUGGUCAUGCGCAUCAUGCAUUAUCGGGUAAUGAUCCUACAACUGAAGUCAUGCUGGAAGCUUUACGCCGCGAAAACGAGCAACUGCGUAACAGGCUUGCAGAUAUUGAGCGCGAUUAUAUUCGAAUGUCAAGAUUAAAUGAGAUUUAUCGUGAAGAGCUGAUAGAUCAUAGGAACCGGAUUGGACAACCCGUAGACAAUCUAAUUGGAAUGUCAUCCUUAGAAUCUCACUCCCAGCACACACAUCAUCGAUCUUCUUCGAGUAUGUCGAGUAUGUCAAGUUCCUCGGUCUCUCCUCACUCGACGAUGUACUCUUCUACACACACGGCUUCCCGGCCACACAAUGGAGUACCAAUACCUCGACCACCAUCUCAAAUUCGUCGUCCAAAUAAUAACAUUUCAGAAGGGAACACGCCCUUGUCACAUUCCCCAACCUCUGCCUCCUCUUCCGAAUCUCCGUACGCAAUAUCUUCUCCUGUCCUAAUGUCGGGAGGACCGACGAGUCUCAUGAGCAACCUGACCACCCCACCUUCUUCUGCUUCCCUGCAUAAUCUUAUGCAAUAUAACGGCGUGUACGGUACAUUGGGCGUUGGCCCACGCGCACUUUCGUACCCGUCGGUCCCACCACCUUCACUAUCAUCUUCAUUUGGGUCCCCAACUGUCUCAUAUCACAUGGGACAUCGUGAACCGUCACUUUCCCCUGUAGAGCCUUUGAGUCGGCGGAACUCCAGUGCAGGACUUACCGGGGCAAGGAGAGGAGAUUACCGGGUGGCGGAGAGUGGAAAUUUAAGGAGCAUAAGUGCUAGUCGGAGUCACAGUCGAAGGGAGAGUCUUGAGCGAGGUGCUCGUGUGGCGGAAACUGGAAGUUUGGCUAGAAGUCGUGCGGGGAGUCACAGUCAGGGGCCGUCGCUUACGCUGCCAUCCACGACCGAAGACGUCGACGAUGUGAAUUUCGUUGAUGAAGGGCCGGUAUUUUCUUGA